AUGUAUCUAUUUCUCUUUUCACAUCUAUCUAUCUAUCUAUCUAUCUAUCUAUCUAUCUAUCUAUCUAUCUAUCUAUGUCAGUCUGUUCAUAUCGAUUUGUCUAUCUAUCUCGUUCUUAAAUACGCCAACAUUCUCUCUGUCGUUAUCUAUCUAUCUAUCUAUCUAUCUAUCUAUCUAUCUAUCUAUCUCUAUUCUAUCCCAUUCUAUCUAUUCUAUUCUAUUCCAUUCUAUCUGUAUAUUCUAUUCUAUUCUGCCUACUCCGUUCUAUUCAAUCCAUUCUAUCUAUCUAUCUAUCUAUCUAUCUAUCUAUCUAUCUAUCUAUUCUGUCUACUCUGUUCUAUUCAAUAUAUUCUAUUCUAUCUAUCUAUAAAAUUCUAUCUAUUCUAUUCCAUUCUAUCUAUCUACGCUAUUUAUUUAUCUAUUCUUUUCUAUCUAUAUAUUUUAUCUAUUCUAUCCAUUUUAUCUAUCUAUUCUAUUCUAUCUUUUCGUUCUAUUUUUUCACGAUUGUUCUGCUAA